AUGUAUUACUCAACGUAUUUGAGAGCGGCUCCCCAGGUGCGCGUACUAUGCUUGAACACAAACCUAUAUGCUGUAAAAGUGCGGAAGGCUGCAAGGGCUCUGGUGCAGCUCGAUGAAGAGAACAGCAGCGGGCUGAAUGCCUCGGCAGCAGGGGUGCCGAUCAUGAGAAGUGCGCUGGAGGAUUACGCAGAAACAGCUGACCCAGGUUUUGAUCUGUGGUCAUAUAAUGCCGGCGCUAACAGUGAAGCUCGAUGCGCGGGCUUUUUUUCGGGACAAUUGGGAACCUCAAUAUACCUCAAGGUCAGAAAGGAACUACUUGCUGCUCCACUGCAUUGUUAUUACGAGGGACCACCUACUGACAAAUCUGCAGAAGGACCACGCUGCAACCCUCGUCAGCCUAAUUUGCCAACAGCUCUCCUCUCCAGUCCUUCUGUCUCCCCCAAAGAUGGCAACAAUCCAGCUCUUCGCGUGCUUAUAUUCGACCGAUUUCAAGACGAGCGCGAGCAGACUUGGGCAUACGCUUUAGGGGAUUAUGCACAAUAUCGGCUACCCCUGUACGGCUUUGUGGGACGGUCAGGGUUUGACGGCUCAGUAUCUCUCCAAAUAGCUGAUGCUAUACGGCGUUCACCCUUCGCUUACGCAGCGUAUCAGAAUCAUCGGUAUGCUGGGGGUAGGGAUGUGGCUAGCGGUGCAAUCAGCUGCAGCUCGCUGGCGACAACUGAAGAAGAGUUUUUACGGUGCAUCGACGAAAUGCCGUAG